GAAGAGGAGUGGGGGAAUGAGAGAUGAGAGAGGGACACUGAGCUGAGGUUGACACGGGUUGACCUAGUCAUGUUGAGAGAGCGUGCAGAGUACAGAGUGUGAACACGAGUGUCUCCCUCUCUUCUACGGGGCGCUAUGAGGGGAUGUUUCUGUAUUUUGUCUAGUUGCAGGAUUCUGUAGUUACAAAAUGCAUUCUGGAGCUAAAGAGAAUAAAAAACACGUUUGGAGAGCUGUGUGGACCGCUGCGGUAGGAGUACCUGUGGCUUUUGCAACUGGUGAACACAGCAAGAAAGAACAGUACCGGAUACUCAUCAUUGGCAAAACCGGAAAUGGAAAAAGCUCCAUUGCAAACGCACUUCUUGGCCAGCAGAAGUUUGCAGUUGGUAGUACGAUGGCUUCUACCACACACAAAGUGCAGUCUGAGCAGUUGGAGAGAGAUGACUGUCUAUGGAUGGUAGUUGAUACUCCAGAUCCAGUCAACUCCGAACUGGACACAAAGCAAUUCAAGGAGGAAAUCCAGAAGUGGAAGCAGAUGACUGCCCCUUUCCCAUCCGCCAUCUUGCUGGCCUUGCGGUGUGAUGUUCGUUACACAGCUGAAGAGUACGACAUAUACAAGAAGAUUAAAAAUGCAUGGGCAGAUAAAUCAUUUCUGGAUAAUCUCACCAUUGUUUUCACAUUUGGGGAUCGGCAGGACAAAGACUUAGCCGAGGAGCUGAAGACUGUAUGUCCAAAACUGCAGAAUGUCCUGAAAGACUCCAGUAACAACUAUGUCCUCUUCAAGAAUGUAGCUUCAAAAGAAGAAAUGGAGGAACAAGUCAAAGAACUCAUCUCAAGAAUUAAAAAGACUCUGCCACGUCCAUCUCCACCUCCAUCUCCGGUAGGAGUACCUGUGGUUUUUGCAACUGGUGAACACAGCAGGAUACUCAUCAUUGGCAAAACCGGAAAUGGAAAAAGUUCUAUUGCAAACGCACUUCUUGGCCAGCAGAAGUUUGCAGUUGGUAGUACGAUGGCUUCUACCACACUCCAAGUGCAGUCUGAGCAGACGGAGAGAGAUAACUGUUUAUGGACGGUAGUUGAUACUCCAGAUCCAGUCAACUCCGAACUGGACACCAAGCAGCUCAAGGAGGAAAUCCAGAAGUGGAAGCAGAUGACUGCCCCUUUCCCAUCCGCCAUCUUGCUGGCCGUGCGGUGUGAUGUUCGCUACACAGCUGAAGAGUACGACAUAUACAAGAAGAUUAAAAAUGCAUGGGCAGAUAAAUCAUUUCUGGAUAAUCUCAUUAUUGUUUUCACAUUUGGGGAUCGGCAGGACAAAGACUUAGCCGAGGAGCUGAAGACUGUAUGUCCAGAACUGAAGAACGUCCUGAGAGACUCCAAUAACAACUAUGUUCUCUUCAACAAUACAGCUUCAGAAGAAGCGAUGGAGGAACAAGUCAAAAAACUCAUCUCAAUAAUUAAAGAACCUUUGCCAUCUCCGCCACCAUCUCCACCACCCUCUCCAUUUCCUUUUUAUGGUUACUGGUUAUAUAUUUUAGCUUUUCUUGGUAUUGCUGUCGCUUCGAGGAAACAGCCAACCAUAAUAAGACUCAUCCUCUUGUCUACUCCUCCAGCUUUGUUUGUCCUGCAUAAGUUAGUUCUUGAUAAAUAAGAAUUUGUUAUGAAAGUGACAUAGAAUUGAUUUGUCAGUAUGGAAAACUGUGAUGAUUUAGCAAAAUGUCUGUUCUUGAGGAAGCUAAAUAGCUUAUGGGAAAUAGUUCAAUCUUUACAUCAGAAUACAGAAAUGUUUCACAGGUGAGAAAACACUGAUGACACUCUAAAAGGUUUUAAGCUUUGUGUCUGUAGGGUUCCAUGGAGUUGUAGUUAUGGAUGUGACACAAAGUGACCUAAACCUCAAACAACCACACAGCAUUUUUUUUUCAUUUGAUGACUACGGUUAUUGUAGUUAAUGCAGGGUUAACUGUUGGAGAAAGGAAGGAGCUUCUUAUGAUGGCUGAUAGCAAGAACUAACUGCUGAGCAACUACCCGUAGCUGCUAUGUACCCAAUAUUAACUCAUACCAUUGUUUUUAAAUCAACUGUUUUGAUAUGUUUUCAGAAGAUACCUUUUAUAUUGCCAUUUAAUUUAAUUAGAUGACACAAGGGAAAGGUAUGCAUUUCUAAAUGAAACGAAAAACCCGCCGUCAGUUGGGCCAGUAUUAAGACAGAGUGAAUAAUCUUUACACAGGAGUAAAUAAAGUUUUUGUAUCUGUCAUCUGCCCACCUUUUUCCCCUCUCUCCUGCUCUCACCUAAAAGGUUUAAUACGAUGUUGAUAUACUGUGACACAGUAGCUGUGACAGUUUAUAUUCAAGUGCAUACAUGUACAUUGCUUGAUGUGAUUCAGCAUCGCUCUGUUUUUUUUUUUCAACUUAUCUGGUAUUUCAAUGUAAUGAUUUGCUGUGAAUUUUCAAUGUUUUUUCCCUUUGACUAGGUUUUUUUUUCGGUCGUUGGAGAUUUCUUCACUCCGUAGGCGCAAGUUCCAUUUUUUUUUUUAGUUACGAAAAAUAAAUUCUUUUUAAUAAUUUUUAUAAACUGUAAAUAAAUCUUUUAUGCAUUGUCAUUAAGGUUGAUAAGAUAAAGGCUGUUAAGUAUGGAUGGAUCAUGAACAGAGAGGACACAUGAAUGAGAAGAUCGAUCGGUAUGAUUGAGUGGAAUGCUGAGGUUUCAAGAAGAAACAACCAGAACUCGUAAAAGAAGUUGAGAAGAAAGGCAGGAAUUGGUUUAGUAAUUCUAGACUCACUGACGAUGAUGAUGAUGAUGAUUGAUGAUUGAUUGAUGAUUGAUUGAUGAUGAUGAUGAUGAUGAUGAUGGAAAGAAAAGAUGGCGAUUCAAUAACAAUUUUAUCUGUUACAUAUGUUAUGAAAAGUUUCAACGUGUUGUUGUGAAGAAGCUCUGAUUUUGUUGUAGCUGCCAGGCACCAAGACCCAGUUCCAAACAUCAUUCACAGUUUCUUCCUUGCUAAUAACCGUAUGACAUACUGUACACCUUUUCCAGUCCUUUACCAAAACUUUAAAUCCAGUAGUCCAGUCAUGCACGCUUUUGUGUUACAGAAAUAAAAGACUUUUUGAUGUUGUUGUAUGUGCUUCAGAGAGUCUAUAUUUGCAUGCUUAUAAACACAUAUCAAAAUUAUAGCACCUACUGCCCUAUUGUUCUGAUAUGAAUGUUUAUUAUUUCCUUCCCAGUUAAAAAAAAACCCAUUAAUAAUGUGUAACUUCAUAGUUACAAAAGAAUAUUUUCCAGGUAUUAGUAUGUACGUAAGUUUAAAGGACUGUCACAUCUUUUUUUUCAGUUUUAGAGUUAAUCUGAUAGAGAUAUUGUUAUUUCUGAAACGUGGGUAGUGCUUGUGAUCAUAUUUCAGAAGUAAAUGGUUCUUAUUUA